GAUGGUGGGAAGGGUUAGUCUAUGCUAUUUCUUCCUUUGAUCUUUAUCUUCGAAUUCAAUCCUACAAAUGCACUAAUCCCCGAGGCUAAGUUGUGUGUCUAAUUAAGCUAUCUUGCUUGACACAAGUGUAAGCAGGAAUUUAGAAAUAUCUGCAGAGCCACCUGAAGCUAAAGUCAUUAUCUUAUAACCUGCAGGGGUGCAGCUGUAAAACAUGAAUUCAGAUGAAAGUGCAAAGUCUGAUGCCAAACCUGAUGUCACUGUGACUGGAACUGCUAAAACAUGUUUGAUUGAGAUAGGCAACAGUGAAAAUGCAUACCUUUUUCGUGUUGCGCUUCCUGGUGUAAGGCAUAAAUGUACUAUCAAAUUUGACAUACAGAGAGAUGGGAGAGUACAGAUAGAAGGUGUGAUUACAGAGAGUGAGGCUUUGAAAAACUCUCUCGAGGGUUAUGAGAUGAAACUUCAGCAGCUUCCGUCCCCUGGGCCUUUUACCAUAUCGUUCAAUUUGCCAGGACCUGUUGAUCCUAGAUUAUGUUCCCCACAGUUUAGCACAGAUGGCGUUUUGGAAGCCAUUGUAAUGAAAUAUCAGAUACCUUUGGUUUCAGCUGAAGGUUUUCCUGAGAAUUGGUACUAUGGCUCUUUCAUAGAUCUUGAAUUGUAGUUCGUCCACAUUCCCCCAAGACACAUGGGAAUUUAUUUGUUUCACAACUUUUGUAAUGAAUAUAGCACAGCAUCAGGAACAACUUCUCAACUUCUAGGUAGCCAUACCUGUACAACAAGGGAUUUUGCAUUAUAUGUUUCAUUGGAGAUUUUGCCAAUGUUUACUUGAUUUUGAACCAAGUGUGUACUUUUGUGGAACAAAAACUUGGAGUGUUGACAUCUUUUCCAUCUUUAUUAUGGUCUAUGUCUUCUAUGUCUUAUCAUCAGCUUAAUGUGAGUCCAUUAUUUGCCUGAGUAUGGGAAAACCAUGAAAAGGUAUGUAUGAGGCAAGAUUUUUAAGACUUCAGCUAUAUGAUAUGUGUUGGUGAAAUUACAAGAUUACAAAUUACAAUUGAAAAAUAAAAUGAAGAAAAUAAAUUCACUUCUUGGCUGAGGCGCGGAUAUCUUGCUCUCUUUAAGGAGAUUCAACCCAACUACUGCAAA